AUGGCCGGGCGCUUCGACCUCCAGGGCAGGCACGGCAAGUCCCGCGUCCGGGUCUCCCGCGUCUGGCGCCGCCCCGCCGAGGCCGGCGGCCACCUCUUCGUCGAGUGGAGCGUCGCCGUCAGCGUCGUCUCCGACUGCCUCCCCUCCUACACCUCCGACGACAACUCCGCCAUCGUCGCCACCGACUCCAUCAAGAACACCGUGUAUGUGAAGGCCAAGGAGUGCACGGAGGUGGUGUCCAUGGAGGAAUUCGCGGUCAUCCUCGGGAGGCAUUUCACCUCACUGUACUCGCAGGUAGGGAAUGGUGGGGAUGGGAAUUUUUCCCAGCCAUUUAUGGUCUGUGUUCUGUUGUAUAAAAGCAGUGGAGCCCGGCCAUUUAUGAAAGUGUUCUUGUUCGAGCAGGUCUCAGAGGCUACAGUGACAAUCGUGGAGCGCCCGUGGGAGCGUGUGGCUGUGGACGGGAAGCCCCAUUCGCAUGGGUUCAAACUUGGUUCUGAAAAGCACACCACUGAGGUCAACGUGAAGAAGUCUGGAAGCCUGCUUAUAAAUUCUGGGAUACAAGGAUACUCCCUGCUAAAGACAACUCAGUCUGGAUUUGAAGGAUUUGUGAGGGACCGCUACACUCUUCUUCCUGAAACAAGAGAAAGAAUUGUAGCAACAGAAGUAACUGCUUGGUGGAGGUAUCCGUUCGAGCAUAUUUCCCAGCUUCCGUCAAAGCCAUUUUGCUUCACACAAAGAUACCAGGAUGUAAAGAAAGUUCUCGCAGACACAUUCUUUGGUCCACCUGAUGUUGGUGUAUAUAGCCCAUCAGUGCAGAAUACAUUAUACCUCAUGGCUAGGGAAGUUCUUACCAGGUUCCCAGACAUAGCAUCUGUUCAGCUUAGGAUGCCAAACCUCCACUUUAUUCCCGUGAACCUAGGGGGCAAAGAAAAUCCAGGAUUGGUGAAGUUUGCUGAUGAUGUGUACAUGCCGACUGACGAACCACAUGGAACCAUCGAAGCAACGUUGAGCCGCGCCAACUCAAAGCUGUAA